UUCCGACCGAAACAACAUCAACAUGGGAGACUCUAUGGCUGCCCAGCGAUUGCGACAGGAGCGCAAGAAUUGGCGCCGCGAUCAUCCAGCAGGAUUCUGGGCUCGCCCUAUUGCGUCUGAGGACGGCAGUUUGAACAUCAUGUCGUGGAGUGCCGGCAUUCCAGGCAAAGCGGGCACGAUCUGGGAAGGCGGGACCUACAAAAUGACGCUGGGGUUCUCGGAAGACUACCCGAGCAAGCCACCCCUUUGCAAGUUCGUGCCGCCCUUGUACCAUCCCAACGUGUAUCCGUCGGGUACGGUGUGUUUGAGCAUUUUAAACGAAGACAAGGACUGGAAACCAAGCGUCACGAUCAAGCAAAUCCUCAAGGGGGUGCAAGACCUGUUGGAUUCACCCAACAUGGCCGACCCCGCGCAGCGCGAACCGUUCCAAGAUCUGAAGAACGACCCUGAGGAGUACAAACGCAAGGUCAAGGCAAUAGCAUUGCGGAAUCGCGAUAACCAGUAAACGACGUCUAUCUGCAUCUAUCGAGGUCGUGUUCUAGUGUGUUUGGUUACUCCCCGUUCAAGAUGGCAGCUGCAGCUUCAAUGCGGUACGUCUUGGCAUUCCCAGGUCGUCGGGACAGUUUUCUCGCGCGCAUCGUCAGUUGGGUUUCCACGUCAUGGAACGUGACGUUGGCCGCGACGGCGCGCACCAUUGCAAAGUACAGCACGUCCGCCGCUUCCUCGGCCACAUGGGUCGGGUGUUCCGCUUCCGCAAGUUCCUGCGCUUCUUCGACCAGCUUGUUGCGCAACAACGUGCGGUCGUCAAAGAGACGCUUGGUAUACGACCCCGCCGGCGCCGAAACGAGGCGCUCUUGAAGGGUGGACUGCAACUCGCGGAUGCCCGAGGCAUGGCCCCAGCAUGUCCGCGUGUUCAAGUGGCAGAACGCGCCCGUGUCGGGAGCGGAAGAGGUCGCAUCAUGCUGGAGCACGAGGCACCGAAUGGCGUCGCUGUCGCAAUCCAUGUCCAAACGAACGAGCUCUUGGACGUGACCAGACGAGUCUCCUUUGCGCCACAGUCCGCCCCUGACAACAACACAUGCAUCAGUGGAUUCGAAAUUGGAUGAUCGAAUACGCAGAAUAACCAAAUGGG